AUGGAAUGCCAACAAUUUCUUUUGAUUUUCCUUCUGGCUUUUGUUCCAACGAUUUUUGCUCACAAUACUACGAUUGGUAAAAUUGUGAUUGAUGGAGCCACCACAAUAGCAGAAACCGACGAGAAUUAUAUUUGCAUGACUUUAGACAUUUGGCCUCAUAACGUGUGCCGAAGUUGGCCGAAAAUUUGUGAUUGGGAUGGCAAUGCAUCUAUGCUCCAUUUGAAUUUGUCUCUUCCCAUUCUUACAAAGACAGUGGAAGCUUUCAAGCCUCUAAGGAUUAGGCUUGGAGGUACUUUGCAAGACAGAUUGAUUUAUGAUGUUGGGAGCUUCAAGGGACAUUGCCACCCAUUUAUGAAAAACCAAACUUUACUGUUUGGGAACACAGAGGGAUGUUUGUACAUGGAAAGAUGGGAUGAUUUGAACAACUUUUUCAACAAGACAGGGGCGAUUGUGACUUUUGGCUUGAAUGCUCUUUUGGGAAAGCACAAGACACAGGGAAUUCACUGGGAAGGAAAUUGGAAUUAUAGUAAUGUCGAAGCGUUGAUUCAGUACACCAUCGAAAAGAAUUAUCAAAUACAUUCAUGGGAGUUUGGCAAUGAAUUGGCUGGAUAUAAUAGUAUUGGGGCAAGUGUUACUACUGCACAAUAUGCGAAAGAUUUGAUUAAGCUUCAAGAAAUCAUCAAUCGUUUGUACAAUAAUUCUCACUUACAAAAACCCCUGAUUGUGGCACCUAGUGCAUUCUUCGAUGACUCGUGGUACGAUGAUCUUGUCAAAGAAACAGGCACGGGAGUUGUUAAUGUUCUCACCCAUCACAUAUAUAACAUGGGUGCAGGGUAUGACCCAAACUUGAUUCCUAAUUUUGUGAAUCCUGCACACCUUAGCUUGGAAUCAAAGGUAUUCAAACAACUUGAGGACAUAAUUCAAAAUCAUGGCCCUUGGUUGGCUGCUUGGGUUGGAGAAGCUGGUGGAGCCUAUCAUGGUGGCAGUCCUCAUCUUUCUAAUGCAUUUGUGGAUGGUUUUUGGUAUUUGGAUCAACUUGGGAUGGCUGCUUUGUACAAUACCAAAGUAUAUUGCAGACAGACUUUGGUUGGUGGACACUAUGGUGUCCUCAGACCCUACACUUUAUUCCCCACACCAGAUUACUAUGGUGCACUUCUGUUUCACCGGCUUAUGGGUCCGAGUGUCCUUAAGGUUGACAAUAAUGUAUCUGCUUAUUUGCGUUCCUAUGCUCAUUGCUCGAGAGGAAGGCCUGGUGUAACCUUGCUUUUCAUUAAUUUGAGCAACCAAACCGACUUUGCAAUCGAUGUUGACAACCACUUGAACAUGAGUUUGCAUACCAAUUUGUCGGCUCAAAGGGAGGAAUACCAUUUGACUCCGACAAAUGGUCUACUUAAAAGUCCCACCGUACUUUUGAAUGGAAAUUUAUUAGAAGUUACGAAGGAGGGAGAAUUGCCAAAUCUUACACCUGUUUACCGUCCGAGUAACUCUUCCAUAAAUAUUGCUACUUGGUCUAUUGUUUUCGUUGUCAUUCCCGACUUUGUAGCUCCAGCCUGCAAAUGA